CCACUGCAAAAGGGGGAUGAAUGAAUCCACGUAGGAGUGUCCCAGGGCCCUCCUCAAACAGAAAAGCCCUUGUGAACACUCACACUGGGGGGUUCUUACUUGACCACGUGACCGUGUAUCCAAGGAUAGCCCAAACUUGGAGACCGCCGAGUAAUGGACACGUUUUCCAGCAUGCUGCACCGGAAAAAAGCGCAAAUGGAGAUAAAUUAAUAAAAGCCUUUCUUCAAUGCCGAGAGCAUCUGGAAAUAACUUUAGGAGUCUUCAACUAACGAGUUCCAGCAAAAAAAUGUCUAAGUUGGAACUUCCUUAACAAUAAAUGAUCUCCUUUUGUUCGUGGAAAUAACAGGGUCCGUAUUAUCAAACAUUAACUUCACAGUGUAAUUAGCGUUUUCACUUUAAUAAGUGCAGUACUUUGGAGUCUUCACACACGCAGAGGAACAAUGUGUACCAAACGCGAUCACUCGGGAUGCUCAAGAUGAACUACUGGAGACCCGUUCAGUCUGUAAGAUGAAUAGUAGACCCAGGUUCUGACAUGAGAUGAACCCAAAACAGUCGGCAUCAGCGACUAAUUAGCAGUCUGUGGAGGCAUUUCCGAAAUCGAAGUUCAUUUGAGAAUGAGGAACAAGUAUGCAGUCAUCAUUAUCUGCAUUGUGGCACUUGUCAUCAUUGAAAAGGAAAACAACAUUAUUUCAAGGGUCUCGGACAAGCUGACACUCAGACGGAGCCCGAAGACGGAGCCUCCACUGCCCUACAAUGCUUCCGAUGCUCUUGUAAUAAUGGACGACAACGGUUCCUAUCCCGAAGACCUGUAUGCUGAGAACGCCAUUCAGGCAGGGCGAAAGCACAUCCUCUUGAUGGCAACCACUCGCACAGGAUCUUCCUUCGUUGGCGAGUUCUUCAACCAACAGGGCAGCAACAUGUUUUACCUCUUUGAGCCGCUCUGGCACGCAGAGAGGAUGCUAUCGAUUGGCUCGAGUGGGACAAAUGCCAGCACUUCUGUUUGGGUGUACAGGGAUGUCCUACAGCAUCUCUUCUUGUGUAACUUCUCUAUGUUGGAGCGCUUCAUCAGCCCUCCUCCACGGGACCACAUCACCCCUGCCCUGUUCCGCAGAGAGUCUAGCAAGGCCCUAUGUGAGGAGCAAGUGUGCUCUCCAGUUGUAAAAGACGUUUUUGAGAGGUACCAUUGCAAGACGAGACGUUGCGGGCCGCUCAAUCUGACUUUGGCGUCCGAUGCCUGCUUAGGAAAACAGCACAGGGUGAUCAAAACAGUGAGGGUCCGACAACUAGACACACUUCGUUCUCUAGCAGAUGACCCUCGGUUGGAUAUCAGAUUCAUCCAGCUGGUUAGAGACCCUCGAGCCAUCCUCGCAUCAAGGAUGGUGGCCUUUGCAAGUAAGUACCAGAACUGGAAAAGCUGGGCAGUGAAUGGAGAUGUUCCUAUAGAGGAUGAAGAGGUCAAACGUCUUGAAGGAAACUGUAAUAAUAUCCGCAUCUCUGCCGAGUUGGGCUUAAGUCAGCCGGAAUGGCUGAAAAACCGUUAUAUGCUAGUACGCUACGAGGAUAUCGCCAGGUACCCCAUGCAAAAAGCAGCAGAAAUGUACAGUUUCACAGGGCUUCCGAUGACGACACAAGCACGGGAUUGGAUCCUCAAAAACACGCAUGCAUCAACCGAGACAAGUGGGGUGUAUUCCACCCAAAAAAACUCUUCAGAACAGGUGGAGAAAUGGCGACUUAGUAUACCGUUCAAACUGGCCCAAGUUGUACAGAAAGUCUGUGGACCGACCAUGAAACUUUUUGGGUAUAGAUUUGUAGACAGUGAACAGACACUUUUGAAUAGAUCUUUUAGUUUGCUUGAAGAAAAACAAUUUAUCUAGACACAGAUUUGACAUUUUUUGAUGCAUACAUUGUUACAGGACAAUCAAGCGUGAAAUAUGACAAUGUUUUGUUUUUAUUUGUGAACUAAAAAUAUGCAUAGCAGAGACACUGGCACACUGUAGCACACUGGGAUGUUGCUUAUACUGAGGUACUUCUGGCAUGCAUCACCUGAUUUAUUUAAACAUAAAGCCUAACUGAGAUUAUUAUGAGUGACUGUAGAUGCCUUCGUAUUAGAUACAAAGUUUGAUGAGGACAAAAAUCAUCCAUACUCAGAUGAGACACGAUCUGCCUGGGAAUGUAGGUAUGUUUGUGUGUACCUGAAAACUUUCUUUUUCUGAAGAAAAAGCUAAUCAUUAUUACACAAAAGGGAAGCAAAACAAGCAGGCGUUUUAUUUAUGUGUGGUGCAGAUGCUGCUAAAGUAAUGUGUGGUCAGCAGAGUUGUUUCAGGCUGCUUUGUUGAAAUUAAAGCACAAAAUUGGCUGUGGGAGUUUGUCAUCUCUUAUUAUUGUAAGAUAUAAUUUAUUUUUUCAGUGUAUCUAGAUAUUAACUGAGGAAAAACUUCCACUGUGCGAAGAGGCAGUCAGUAUAAAAAGCAGCUUUUGACAUGCAGCUGUGUUCCCGGAGUACAAUCGUGACAUUAUUCUCUAAAAAACUGAAGUGUAGAAUAGACCUCUGUCCAUCCAUAUUUUUACAUCUGUUUAAUAUUUAAUUUUUUAAAGCACAAAAAUAGUACAUGACAAGAAAAGUUUGGAAAAUUUAAACUUACAUGUCUUUAUGCUUAGAAACUUUCACUAAAGUUAAUAGCUUAAAAACUAAUUUUAUUCUUCUAAAAUAAAUAAAUAAAUAAAAUGACUCAACUGUCAUU